AGAUGCUGAUAAAAAUAGUCCUUAGAGAGUCAGAGCUCAUCUAGGCUUCUUCUUUUAGAUGUAGUUCCUAACUGGAAAUCUUUCCCCUUUUUGAGAAGGAAGCCAGCACCAACGCCCACACCUAGUUUCUAUGAAAGAGAUGGCCCACUGACUGAAAAGUUCCUUACUCUCUUGCUAUUGGCUGACACUGUUCAUAAAGUAUAACUCACAGUUUCACUUUUCUUUUAAAUGAGCAAGCUGAAUUACUUGGAGGAGGAAAGCAGGAGAGACAGAAGAGACGAACACUAAAUCACUUGAAAGAAAGAAACCUCAGCUGCACAUUCUACUCUAGCUGAUCCUGAGGAGAUUAGAAAAUUACCCCUAGAAAAGGGGAAAUUUAACUUUUGAAGUACAGAAAGCACAAUUGUCUACAGAGUACUUGGAGGCAUCAUAGAUUCCUUAAGGAGAAUUGGGAAUCAAGAUUCAAAUGCAAAUGAUUCUGCAGCCUUACUUAGAUCAGAAAUUGGGUUAAUAAUAGAUACCUCCAAUCUUCCUUAAUAAGCAUGGAGAGAAAACUUAUGUCUUUGCCUCUAUCCACUUCCAUAUCAGAAAUGGAACCCAAUGACACCUUCAGCAAUAACAACAGCCACAAGGACUGCCUGAUUGGAAAAUUCAAGAGGGAUUUUUAUCCUGUUGUGUACCUGAUAAUAUUUGUCUGGGGAGCCUUGGGAAAUAGCUUUUCCAUAUAUGUUUUUCUGCAGCCUUAUAAGAAGUCCACGUCUGUGAAUAUUUUCAUGCUGAACCUGGCCAUUUCUGAUCUCUUGUUCAUAGCCACACUGCCCUUCAGGGUUGACUAUUACCUCAGAGGCUCCGAUUGGAUAUUUGGGGACCUGGCCUGCAGGAUUAUGUCUUACUCCCUGUAUGUCAACAUGUACAGCAGCAUUUAUUUCCUGACCGUGCUGAGUGUUAUGCGCUACCUGGCAACUGUUCACCCCUUCCGGCUCCUCCAUGUCACUAGCAUCAGAAGUGCCUGGGUUCUAUGUGGGAUCAUAUGGACCCUCAUCAUGGCUUCUUCAACAGUGCUUCUGAAGAAUGGCUCCGAGCAGAAGAGUAAUGUCACAUCAUGCUUAGAGCUGAGUUUCAAUAAAAUUGUUAAACUGCAGAUCAUGAACUACAUCGCCUUAGUGGUGGGCUUCCUGCUGCCAUUCUGCACGCUCAGCAUCUGUUACCUGCUGAUUAUUCGAGCCCUGUUAAAGGUGGAGGUCCCAAAAUCAGGGCUGCGGGUUUCUCACAGGAAGGCGCUUGUCACCAUCGUCAUUGCCUUGAUCAUCUUCCUCCUGUGUUUCCUGCCUUAUCAUGUACUGAGAACCUUCCACUUGGUUGUGUGGAAAGUGGGUACAUGCACAGACUGGCUGCAAAAAGCUGUGAUCAUCACACUGGCCUUGGCAGCUGCUAAUAGCUGCCUCAACCCUUUGCUUUAUUAUUUCGCUGGGGAGAAUUUUAAGGACAGACUAAGGUUUGCAUUCAGAAAAGGGCAUGCACAGAGAACGAAGUGCAGCUUUCUUGUUGCCUGUGGUUGAAAAAGGAAAUAAGAAUCAAUAGGAGCUGAAGUCCAGAAGAAACAGUGAAAAGAACUGACAGAGAUUACCCCUGGAGAGAAGUUGCAGGUGAGAAGAUAGGGCCGAAACUUCUCUUCUCCUUUUAAGAACUAUUUAACUGUGUAACUUGCAAAUAUGUAUU